GUCGGUGUCGUCGUGUUUAUCUUGCUGUUUUCUAUGUGGAUUUGUGGAAAUGGGGGAUAGUUUGCCGACAAAAUAUUAACGAAAGAGCCACAAUUUCCCGUUGAAACCAGCCCUGUAUUCUAGCUGAAAAAAGAUGCCGAACCACCAAUACAAAUCGAUGGUGGACCUUAAUCCCGACAAGGUCUUUGAGGAGCACACGGUGCCAGAAAUUAAGGACAUUUUGAAAAAGCUGCAGGCCGAAAUUGAACGGAAAAAGGUGGAAAUUCGCACAAUGGUCGGGGAAAGGUACAGAGACCUCAUACAGGCUGCAGACACUAUCAAGGAAAUGAAGGACAAUUCAUUCGAGGUCAUUGGUCAAAUCGAUGGAAUGUCUGACAUGUGCCGGCAACUGCAACAAGUCCACCUGAUUGGCUUCAGACAAGACUCAGAGCAGACUAGAGUCAAAAGGGAAGCGGCUAACUUGGCAUAUUACACCGUGGCUGUCCAAGUCCGAAUCCUGGUCUUAAUUCCAGAACAGAUAUGGUCUGCGAUCGACGACGAAAAUUUUUUAUUGGCAACGCAACUGUUCCUUUUUUCUAGCAGUGUAGUAAACAGCUUGAAAUUAAACAUCGGUACUCAUUCCAAAGAAGUUGAAUCUGCUAAAGUGCUCAAGUGCUUUCCUAUCUACAAGAGCCAGUGGGAGUCAAUGAAGCCAUUUAAACACCAAAUUAUCAAAGGCUCUGAGGAGAAAAUAAUGCGGACUGAGCUCACUGAAGCGGAAAUGUCUGAGUGCGUGGCGGUGCUGCUAUUGCUUUGUAGCUUUUCGGUUGGUGAGGUGCAGCAAAGAGUGCUUCAGUUGAGGACUGAGUCGCUGAAAGAAAAGCUGGGCGGUGAGCGACUGCAGUCGAGCAUCAAGGCGCAGGUCACCCAGAGCCUGAAACUUGCUGAGCUGACCCUAACACUUUUUAAUGCUACCUUUCAAGAUUUUGGCAGCGACAGUUUACGUGAUAUUCUUGAGGAAGUAGUUGGAGAAAACUCGCAACCAGUUUGCAGUUUAGUCGAAUGUGUGGAUAAAGAUAUUUUGUCUAUAUUACCCCCUGUUGUCAGAGAUUACAGGCUGACCAUGCCAAAGCCUCUGGACGCUAAUAGUGAUGAAAAUUUGCAACAAACACUGGCUGUUUGGGUUGGAGACGUUCAAAAGGUGGUUGCUGAAAGGCUUGGAGAACUGCUUCAAUUCGUCAAUUCAGUACACGAGAUACAGUCAAUUAGAGAAGCUGCUCAUUCGACCCUGGCGGAAACUAAACGUGCAUCCAGGAGCAAAGUCAGCGUCUGGGAAACCGCCUACAGGCCGCUGCUCACAACCAGAGUCAGGAAAAUUGUGCAGAACCAGAUUAAUCAAAUAUCUACUGAGAUGAAAACUAAGUUGGGGCACAGCUUGCAGGAUCUGCGGAGUGAAAAGGGAUCACAUAAAGAGACCGAUCUGAGAUGGUUCAUUUGGAGCGAGGAAGCCGGAGAUCUGCCGCAUUCAGGCGGCUGGAUGACCCUCUCGACAAGGACAGUUGACCAGGCUGGAGGGCUCUCAAUGAAGUCCAUGGGCUACUCGCCCUGUAUCCAAAAGUUCUGCAGCACAUUCGACUCGAGUUUGCAAGUUUUGCUGGAUGACGUCACUUAUUAUGUAAAUGACGGCAAUGCGGACAUAGUCGCCUCCCUAAUCGAGAUGGACAAGCUGCGCAGCGAAGGCAAGAACGACAAAUUUGUCGACAGAAACGAACUCCAGAGCCACCUGCAAACCUGCACUUUGGCCUGUGUCAAUGAAAUCGUCUCCUUCAUCUCCCAACAAGUGGAAGAGACAAAGGACAAGGAAACUCCACUCAUAUUCCUCGGCCGGCUGAUCCAGGCCAUUUGUGACCUUUGUCCACAACUGCAGAAGUGCAUGAGUCCUGCAGCGGUAUGGGAUAGCAAUAAGCCAAGCCUGUUGGGGCCUUUGCAAGCUGCAAGCACUGAGUGGCAGCAGCUGUGCAAACAGCUGGAGACGCACAGUCAGUGUGUGCUGCAAUUGUGGGCCAAGACAGUGGCUGAAAGACUGAAAAAGAACCUGCUGCCCUUGAAAUUUGACACCAGUACAAACACACUUCUUGAGGCACUUGCACAAUGGGAAGUCGUGAAAAUUGAGGAAGGAGGAGAAGAAGGCAUGCGACUGAGCUCAACAAUCAGAGUUCCUGCUCAGCCAAGUCUGCCACUACAGCUGGUCCUGCACAAUUCUUGUCGUGAAAUCAACACCCAAGUGCCUCAUGCUCUGCCCAGACAGGUGCAUCUGAAUUUGGUGGAGAGCGUUUUGAUGCAUCUUUUGCAGAACUACGAAUCAUUGAGUCACGCAGAGGUUAUGCCCCAAGUUGCUGCUCUGCAGGCUGUCUUUGAUAUCCGCUUCCUCACAUCACUCUUUAUUUUGAGAGACUCAAAGUCCCUGAAUGACAUGGCGUUGGCAGUCUGUGAAAGUUUUGAGAGGAAAAUUGAUCCUUUUGAUUUGGACGUCUUUCAACCUUACGUGCAGAGCAAUGUAAAAAAGAGUGUCUACAGACUUCAGCAUUUAUUGGGUUGUUUGGUGCCGCCGGCAAAAAUGGCAGUGCUAAGUGGUGUGCGACUUGGUGGAUUGGCAGGCGAGUCGCCUUCCCCUGAUGACCCUACGGCUCUUCCAAUGUCCACUGGUGCUGCGUGGUUCCCACUAUUGCCGGUGGCAACUCCUGGAUUGACAAACGCCACCUCAGCUUCUGUUAGAGCAGCCAGGGUAGGCGAAAAUCCACCAGAAAAGGCCAAGGGCAAGGGGAAAUCUUCUAAUUCAUCCUCAAAAGCGGAAAGCAGUUCAAGCAAUCUGCUUGUAAGGUCUGGUGCUGCUGCCUUGUUUGGGGCCAUGGCGAGUUCAGAGUGGUUUGGUGGUUCAUCCUAAGCGUGUGGGAAUGCCUUAAGUUUGUAAUAAAUAUACAAGUUGACAUGUU